AUGGGUCUUUCGGUGGAUAUUGUCACGCCUAAUGGGCACCACUACUCGCAGCCAACCGGGCUUUUCAUCAACAACGAGUUUGUUUCAGCGACCUCCGGACAAACCAUCACCUCUAUUGAUCCUGCUACCGAUAAGCCAAUUGCCAGCGUCGACGCAGCUAGUGCCGAUGAUGUUGACCGCGCUGUGAAGGCCGCAAAGGCGGCACUGGUGCACCCAUCAUGGAAGCUUCUUCCGGCCACCGAGCGAGGCGAGUUGAUGGGCCGACUUGCCGACUUAAUGUGGGAAAACAGAGAACUUCUUGCCUCCAUCGACGCAUGGGAUAAUGGCAAGCCCUACCAUGUUACCUUUGAUGAGGAUCUUGUCGAGGCAACAUCAACCAUCCGCUACUACAGUGGCUGGGCUGAUAAGACAUUCGGUCAGACUAUCAACACCACUCCUCAAAAAUUCGCUUAUACCCUCCGCCAGCCAAUUGGUGUUGUUGCCCAAAUCAUCCCAUGGAAUUAUCCCUUGGCUAUGGCAGCCUGGAAGCUGGGUCCUGCAUUGGCAUGUGGAAAUACUGUUGUUCUAAAGCCUGCUGAGCAAACACCUCUUAGCAUUUUGGUUUUCGCUACACUGGUUGUCAAGGCUGGCUUCCCACCUGGUGUUAUCAACAUCGUUAACGGUUAUGGCCGUGAGGCGGGCUCCGCUCUUACCUCGCAUCCCUUGGUUGAUAAGGUCGCUUUCACUGGAUCGACAGCUACAGGCCGCGAAAUUAUGAAGAUUGCUGCCGGUUCUCUGAAAAAUAUCACUCUCGAGACAGGUGGCAAGUCACCGCUGCUGGUCUUCCCCGACGCGGAUAUGGACCAAGCUGUUAAGUGGUCGCACUUCGGUAUUAUGUCAAACCAGGGCCAGAUUUGCACUGCUACAUCUCGAAUCUUCGUGCACCGUGAUAUUCUACCUUCUUUCCUAGCGGAGUUCAAGAAGGCCGUGGAGGCCGUAUCGAUCGGCGACCAAUGGGAUACUGCAACAUUCCAGGGCCCACAGGUCACCCGUGCGCAAUAUGAGCGUAUUCUGUCUUAUUUUGAAAUUGCUAAGAGCGAAGGCGCAACAUUACUGACUGGUGGUGCCGCCCAUGUCCCUGCUAAGGCAGAAAACAAGAACGGAUACUUUGUCCAGCCCACUGUGUACACUGAUGUGAAGGACUCUAUGCGCAUUGUUCGCGAAGAGGUGUUCGGUCCUGUUGCUGUGAUCCUGCCUUUCGAUACUGAGGAGGAAGCUAUUCAACGCGCUAACGAUACCUCUUACGGUCUGGGUGCCUCUGUUUUCACAACGGAUUUGGAGCGUGCGCACCGUGUCGCUUCUGAGCUUGAGUCCGGUAUGGUCUGGGUGAACAGCAGCCAGGAUUGCGAUCCUCGCGUACCAUUUGGAGGUGUCAAGCAGAGUGGCAUUGGUCGUGAGCUUGGAGAGGCUGGAUUGGAGGCGUAUAGUCAAAUCAAGGCUGUCCAUGUUAACAUGGGUAACAAGCUGUAA